CUCACCCCUCCCGACCUUCUCCCACGAGAACCCCAAACAAAACACAAUGGGCUCUGCUACUUCCAAACCAGCGAAGUCGGCUGCUGGCGCAGCUGCGCGCCGACAGUACCCAAAACAACCCGCUGUCCCGCCGAGGGUACCACCGAGUGCUCCCCAGCCAUCGCAAACGCAGCAACGUGCUUCUCCUGCGCCGGCAUCAGCGCCGGGUCGGGCCCCAGGCCCUGUCUUGCAGGGACCCCAAUAUCACUCCAAAGAGCAACCUUCCAACACUAGGUCAAACGCAAUUGACCUCGACGGCCGUGACCCCGACUUCGCAGCCUCCCUCCGCCAUAUCGGCCCCGUAAACCCCUUCCCAACUCUGUCCAACUCCAGCACUGUCAACCGUGGCUCCAUGCAGACUGUCUUCCCAACAGGCUUGAACCCAGCCUUGCUCGCCGUGACAGCCCGCACGAGAAUCGGAAAGGCCGCACAAGAAGAGCUUGAAGCCGUUGGACGGGGCGACUUUGCCGGGAGACAAUUCCUGGACGCGUUCACCAUCUCGCAGGCGCUGACUAUGCGGGACCAACAGAAGAUGCCGAAGCGGGAGAUUGAGAGGUUGUUAAGGAUGAAGGAAGGUGUUAUGGAUCGGUUAGGGAAGGAGGGUGUUGUUUCACGGGUUUCCGUCUAAGCCUCGUACGGAGGCGUGGUUUUCUCUAUCAUUAGAAGGUGUUUUGGUGUCGUUGGCUUUUUUCGGAGAUUGGUGUUGAUAGGCUCUUCUUCUUGCGCAUAUUUGCUGUAUUAUAUUCCAGAUGCUGUUUAUCAUACAGCCACCACAAUGUCAUCCCUUCUCAUAACAAAGGCUUUGAAUCGGGCUUUGAGAGUAUUGCAAGCUCUCCGG